AUGCGGCUGCACUGGCCGCUGCAUCGGUUCACUGUCCGCGGUGUCCAGUGUGAGAAGGGCCGCCCGUGCUUGCAGUAUGAGAAGGGCCGCCUGUGCUUGCAGUGUGAGAAGGGCCGCCUGUGCUUGCAGUGUGAGAAGGGCCGCCUGUGCUUGCAGUGUGAGAAGGACCGCCUGUGCUUGCAGUGUGAGAAGGACCGCCUGUGCUUGCAGUGUGAGAAGGACCGCCUGUGCUUGCAGUGUGAGAAGGACCGCCUGUGCUUGCAGUGUGAGAAGGGCCGCCUGUGCUUGCGGGGUAAGAAAGGCUGCAUGUGCUUGCAGUGUGAGAAGGGCCGCAUGUACUUCCAGGGUAAGAAAGGCUGCAUGUGCUUGCAGUGUGAGAAGGGCCGCCUGUGCUUGCAGUAUGAGAAGGGCCGCCUGUGCUUGCAGUGUGAGAAGGACCGCCUGUGCUUGUAG